AUGGAGUCUUUCUCUGCUGAGACCAAUUCAACUGACCUACACUCACAGCACUGGGAUGAACCCCAUGUAAUUCUCUCCAUGGUCAUCCUCAGCAUCACUUUUCUACUGGGGUUGCCAGGCAAUGGGCUGGUGCUGUGGGUGGCUGGCCUAAAGAUGCAACGAACAGUGAACACAGUUUGGUUUCUCCAUCUCACCUUGGCUGACUUCAUCUGCUGCCUCUCCCUGCCCUUCUCUCUGGUCCACUUGGUUCUCCAAGGACACUGGCCCUAUGGCUGGUUCCUAUGCAAGCUCAUCCCUUCCAUCAUCAUCCUCAACAUGUUUGCCAGUGUCUUCUUGCUGACUGCCAUUAGUCUGGACCGCUGUCUGUUGGUACUCAGGCCAAUCUGGUGCCAGAAUCAUCGCAACGUGGGUACAGCCUGCACUAUCUGUGGUUGUAUCUGGGUGGUGGCUUUGGUAAUGUGCAUACCUGCUUUUAUAUACCGGGAGACAUUCACUAUAGACAACCAGAGUAUGUGUGGAUACAACUUUGGUCACGAUGGCUCAUUAGAUUAUCUAGACUUCACCUUUGAUCUACUGGAAAAUGGGUCUUUUGACAACUCCAUUGUUGAUCCGCCUGGAGAAAUGGAUGACAGGUUAGAUUCCUUCUCGCCACAAACCAAGGAUCAGCCUUGGGCAGCCACCACUGGCCUCCCUUCCCAAAAAUUUCAAAGAACUUCUAGAGAUUCACUCCCUAUGGAUUCAGCUAGAUUAUCUGUUCAACAACCACAUUAUGAUCUAUUUCAGUCUGCUGAUGAAGUCUCAGCUACACUCUCCAGUGACUUUCCCAUUGAAGAUCACAGAACUCACCCCCUGGAGAACUCGGAUUCUUUUCUCCCUGCUGAUUUUGAGUUUUUUCCUAAUGCCUCCAGGGAUUCCUUAUACAUAUCUGAGCUAUCACAAGGUUUCCAGGAUGAUUAUUUUGGCCAAUUUGCAUAUGAUAAUCAAGUGCCAACACCCCAGGUAGCCAUAACCAUCAGUAGGCUAGUGGUGGGUUUCCUGUUGCCCUUUAUCAUCAUGGUGGCCUGUUAUAGCCUCAUUAUUUUCAAAAUGCGUCGGAGCCGCUUCACCAAGUCUCGGAGCAAACUCUUGAGAGUCGCUAUGGUGGUGGUAGUUGUCUUCCUUGUCUGCUGGGCUCCAUACCACAUUGUUGGAGUCCUCUUAUUGUUUACUGACCCAGAUGAUCCCUUUGGGAAAUCUCUGUUGUCCUGGGACCAUGUGUCUCUUGCUCUAGCAUCUGCCAAUAGUUGCUUCAAUCCAUUCCUCUAUGCUUUCCUGGGAAAGGACUUUAGGAGAAAAGCAAGACAGUCCAUGCAGGGAAUUCUCGAGGCAGCUUUCAGUGAGGACAUGACACACUCUACCAGCUGCCCCCAAAACAAAACGUCUUUCGAAAGAAACAGUAUCAGUACAGUUGUAUGA